UCAAUCUCCGUCUCGGCAGCAGGCACAUUUUUCUACGAGCAAUAAUGCUUGUUCACCUGUUAAACGUCUUGCUACCAUUGCUCGCUUCGCUGCUAGUGGUUUCGAUCCGUGCUGAGGAAACCGAUUUCGAUGAUAAAACGUGUGGUCGCCAGUUGGCCCCCCUGGAAGGUUUAGUAAAGGGCGGAUUCAAAGCCCGUGCUGGUGAGUGGCCAUGGCAUGUUGCCAUAUUUCACCGAAUCGGAUCUUCGGCCGAUUUUGACUAUCAGUGUGGUGGAACCUUGGUUCACAAGUAUCUAGUAGUGACGGCAGCUCAUUGUGUAACGUUACGAUCGAGCAGGAAGCAAAAACCAUCAGGAGAUGUCUUGGUGAAGGUUGGACGGUUUAACAUUUCCGAAGAGCACGAGGAACAAGGCCGGGACUAUGAAGUGGAGAAGAUUGUGACACACCGCGGGUAUAAGCCGUUGACGUACGAGAACGAUAUAGCGAUACUGAAACUGAGUGUACCCGUGAUAUUUUCUCCUUACGUUCAACCGGUGUGUCUGUGGAAGCGAGACGAUGGUAUUGUGCUGCCGAAUAUCUGGGGUCAAACUGGAACGGUCGUUGGAUGGGGUUUGACAGAUGAAAAUACAAUCGCUUCCUUGCUAAAUACGGCCAAGAUGCCCGUGGUAUCCACGCAUGAAUGUUUGGAGAGUGAUCGCAACUUUUUCGGACGUCUUCUGUAUGCCAAAGUGUUCUGUGCGGGGUAUAAAAAUGGAACAGGCGUAUGUAACGGAGACAGCGGUGGUGGUAUGGUGUUUCAACAUGCUGGACAAUGGUACCUGCGGGGUGUUGUUUCAUUCAGUGAAACACAAGACGAGUCGAAGAUAUGUAAUUUGAAGCAAUUUGUAGGAUUUACUGAUGCCGGUCAGUAUCUGGAGUGGAUCUAUGAAGCUGCACCGAUCAACGAAAAUCCCGAUCCCAUCCUAGGACAUCCAAAUAUUCGACUUAUCAACCAAGGCGACUGUGGGAUGAAUGAAUACAUGUUUGGCUAUCAGGAGAACCGAAAGCCAAUGAUAAGACAGUAUCUGUGGAUGGUGACACUUCGCCACCCAUUUCAGGAUCCUAAGUAUGUCCCAUGCAAUGGGGUAUUGAUCAACAAAAACUAUAUUCUUACCACAAAAUGCGUCGAUUGGAAUGACGAUGUCGCCGUCACGUUGGGUGACUACAUUACCGGUCAAACUCAAGACUGUGAACAACGCAACGAUCAGAGGGUCUGUUUGAGUCCUGUUCAGACAGUGGCGAUCAACGAAUUCUACCAAAAAGACAAAUUGAUCUUAGCGCGACUUUCGUCACCGGCUUACAUUGGACGACGAGAUCACAUUCAAGCGAUUUGCUUACCAACAACUUUGGAACAGAGACAACGCGUCUACCCAAAGUAUAUCCUUACCGGAUGGAAAGAGUCCGGAAACGAUUCGCAAUAUCUGCAGCGACAAAUUGUCGACAUCAUCCAUCAGCCGGUUUGUCGGGAAGAGAUGGGUAACUAUCAGUACGCCAGCGAGGACGAAAAGAACAUCACCGAUAUGACGAUUUGUGUGCGAAACGUGGGUGUGGAAAACCGAACUCCAUUCUGCGAUGAUUAUCAACCUGGAACGGCCAUUCAGGCGAUCGAGAAGAAGUCUAACCGCUACUACCUGUACGGGAUACAGACGGGGAUCUCGUACUGCAGUAAACCGGAGAAAUUCAUAGCUGUGACAAAAUAUGUUGAAUGGAUUCUGGACAACAUCAGACCUUAAGAGAUUGUUCGGGCAGGAGACAAAAUCUGCAGAGAUUAAAUAUUUUCAGUUAUUUAGAGAAGAUUGAACGUAUUAUGAUUUCACAUAAUUACCGCUCAUAAAUACGCUGUUGUCAGCAGUACAGGAUUAUCAAAGCAAUUACAUAAAUAAAACCACGUUAAAUCAGUGCACAAACUAAAUUUAUUACAUUUUAGUAUUUUAAAAUAACACAUAAAAAAACUUGUUUUGAUCCACCUAGUGGUGUAAUGAUGCCUUUCUCAUAUCUCACAUAUUAUCAUAUAUAAAUGAGUGGUAUUCUUCAAAAUAUUUUUUUUUGAUUCUUGAAAACCAAAAAGGUUUGUCCAUAAACUAGUAUAACCUAUAGAGUGAAAAAGUACUCAGGUCAGUUAGUCCAUCUCUGAGGAAACGAAAAGAGGUACUUCCGAAACCGGAAUCUGGGAACCGGUAUAAUCGAAGUUGGUUCGAGAAAAGUGACUGGGAUCCUUUUUUGAGUCUAUGGCUACAAUCCUCGGUCGUUCAUUAAAAAUCCAAGAACAAGGAAAGCCAAAUUAAUGUUUGGCCGUCUACUGACCAUGAAUACCAAUUGGAAUAGUUUUGAGGCAAGUUUAGAAAUUAUUAUUAGAAAUUUGAAAAGAACAUAUCUCGCCUGCAGACGAACGUAGACGAGUAAAUCGACCACGGUAUGAAAGCUCUUUUGAAGUAGUUUAAUAUGUAAGUAGUCUUAUCUGCGCCUUUUGAUGAUAGACAAGUUGAAAUUUUGUAAAAAAACCUGUUUUAAUCCACCUAGUGGUGUAAUGAUGCCUUUCUCAUUUUCACUUUUUCCUGUAUAUUACAGCAGAAAUUCCCCAAAAUACUGCAAUUUGAAAAG